CCUCCCCCAGCCCCUCCGAAGUCCCCCCCCGCAGCUGCCGUGUCGGUUUCGGGGCCCCCCCAGGCGGUUUCGGGGCCCCCCCACGGCCCCGGUUGGAGAGCGAUGGGGGAGACGGCGGCGACGUCCCGGGUCCGGCCGCCCGAGCCCUCGGGGCAGCUCGGCCCCGCCCUGCGACUGACCAAGGGCAUGUCCAUCUUCCUCGAUAUACUGAGAAGAGCAGACAAAAAUGAUGAUGGGAAAUUAUCCUUUGAGGAAUUCCAAGCAUAUUUUGCGGAUGGUGUCCUGAGUGGAAAAGAAUUGCAUGGGCUCUUCCACACCAUUGAUACUCACAACACAGACAAUCUUGACACGGAAGAACUGUGUGAAUAUUUUUCUCAGCACUUGGGUGAAUAUGAGAAUGUGCUCUCAGCCUUAGAAGAUUUAAAUCUCUCCAUCCUGAAGGCAAUGGACAAAACCAAGAAAGACUACCAAGAGGCUUCUAACUUGGAACAGUUUGUGACUCGAUUUUUAUUAAAGGAGACUUUGAAUCAACUUCAGUCACUGCAGAACUCCCUGGAGUGUGCCAUGGAAACCACCGAGGAGCAAACCCGUCAGGAAAGGCAAGGGCCACCCAAGCCAGAGGUCCUGUCCAUUCCGUGGGCUGGAAAGCGUUGGAAUCGCAGAAUCCAGAGGAACAACAGCUUAUCCCCGAGCAGUCCUCAAUUCAGUGCUGGCGGCCCAGCCCUGCUAGAUGAAGGGAGUCAGUGGGUGACCCAGAUAAACAGACUCCAGAAGCUGAUUGACCGACUGGAAAAAAAGGACCUAAAACUUGAACCCCUGGAAGAAGAGGUUUUAGAAGGAAAUUCAAAAUCUCACGUGAUGAUUGUUCAGCGGCAGAUGUCGGUGCUGGAGGAGGAGCUGGAGGAGUUCCAGCUGGCCCUGAAACAUUACGUGGACAGCGCCUCUGCUCAAAGUGGCUGCCUUCAUGUGUCUAUUCAGAAGCUCUCAAAUGAAUCACGCUUCAUAGUUUAUGAGUUCUGGGAGAACAGCAGUGUGUGGAAUAGACACCUGCAAAUGAAUUACAGCAAAACUUUCCAAAGGAGCAACGUGGACUUCCUGGAAACUCCUGAGCUCCUGUCAACCAUGCUCGUACCUGCUUCAUGGUGGGUCCUGAACAACAACUAAAUGUUUCCUUAUGGUGCCAAGAGAACAACUUAACUAUUGCUUGUGUUUAGAAAGCAUAUUGUGAACCCGUCUGUACUAGUAAUCUACUAAACGUUUGUCGAAUCUGCUCCCCUUUAUUUGUGGUUAAAUAUGUGUUCCAGUCUCCUUAGUUGUGCCACUUUAUGUGCAAUGAAAUUUACAAGUUUAAAUAUUCUCUACUGAUAAUGUACAUGCUAAAUGUGUCGUCAGUAAAGCUCUCAUAUUAUGCCAUGAAGGACCAGCUUCUAAGUUCCUCAGAGAAAAAUGUUUGUAGGGAAAUUGAAAUUUAUUUACCCAUUAGGUCUAAAUAUUUGAAUGAUUUAUGAUAGAAAACUCAAGAUAAUAUAUAAAAUAACUAUGCUAUUAUUCUUUGGGCAGAUGUUCAUCUUAAUAUUGUACUGACAUCCUAUAAAAGUUCAACAGUAAUGUACAACUGUAUGGUAUUAGUAUUUUCAAGUACUAAACUUCAUUUUUUUCCUCCUACCAAUGAACAUUCUAUUCUGAGAUCUUUUUCAUGUUUUAAAAAGCUAUUGGCCCUAAAUCUGUGCAUUUUCCUCAUUACCUAUAGGAAUAAAUCAGUGUAUACGGAUUAAAUCAAUGCAAUAAACCUCUAGCCAUUCCAUUCAAAAAUGAGACAUAUUUUCCUUGGGCACUAGUCAUUCCUAAUUAGACUCUUUUAGAAGUUGGAUUCAUUCUUUCAGGGCACAGUGGAGAACUCUAAAAUGCUCGGUAAACCAGGCAAUACUACCUAAUCUUUUGGGGUUGAGAGCACUCUGAUUUCAGUGCUGCCAUCUUUGAUUUCACUGCCAUGUGCCAGGAUAGGCCAAGACUGGGGUUCACUUGCAGGGUGAAAUUUGCAGUGUUGGCUUAGUAAAAGUUUGGGUUACUUUCAGAACUUGUCACCACACACUGGAUGGUGUAAGAUUUCAGUUGGGCAGCACUGAAUUAGGCACUGGGAGAAUCUGAUUCAGUAUGAAACAAUGUUUGGUUAUGUCAGGGGAAUGCAUUUUAAUAUCACAGCUUUUAAAAUUUAAAAAUCAGAAAGUUGAAGCAACCGUUCAAAUUUUCAGCUUAUUAAAUUUGAGUCCAAAUAACUAC